AUGGCAACCUAUGGUGUUGGUUCUUAUGCGGAACCUAUUGUCGUCUCUGACGAAGAGGAUGCGGCAUUUGUUGAACGCGAGCUAGGCUUAUUUACCGACUCGUCGUCGAGCUCGUCUCAGGACUCCCCUCUAUACGGAGAUCACGCAUCAUACACACCGUCGAUAUCGUAUUUUCCGGUUAAGGCUCCCACCCCUGUUCCGGUGACUGCAGAACCAGCCACCCCUGUAUCACCUCUGUUAGGACAGAAGCGCAAGUGGGCAGAGAUGCGGGAUUUGAGCAAAGUUGCACAACCUCACCGCCUUCCCGAGAACCCAACCGGCAAGCAGAAGAAGAAGCAACGUAAAGAGAAGCAAGCUAUCCAGCGCGAACGUGUCCAACCCUCAUCGUCUACGGUAAGCUCGAACAAGCAACCACACGGCAAUACCGGUGUACACGCACCCUACCUCUCCCACCCGGAUGACUUCUCUGCGAUGGCGUCCAGCGUACAUCUACCCUACGAUGCAUACUACAUGCCCAUGGAUCCGUACCAGCUCAUGACCGGGCUUCCUGUAUCCCCGAACGACGAAUACCGUCCGACCGAUGGUCCCCUGUGGAACGCAGCCGACCGGCAGUCGAGUCUGCCACUGCAGGCUACCCCCUGGUUUCCAACCUACGCCUCUCCGAUGCAGCCAGCGGCGGAGCCCCUGGUCUACCCACCACCAUUUCCACGUCCGGCUUCCCCACAUCUUACGGCCGGAACGUCCUCUCCUGACGUUUCCGCCGCUUCGUUCGUAACCCACCUUGAACGGAGAUCCGGCGCGCCUUCGCCACCGUCAGUAGAGGGUACCUACAACCUUGGUGAACAGCUGCGUCAGCUAGAGGCUCUCUCCGCAUCUCUACUUGCCUUAACCAAAGGCUCUCCGUCAAAUUAUGUUUCAACACCAGGACAUUCAGUCUCUUCGGAUACUCGCCACGCUCACGGGGGGGCACCCGCAUCUCAUCCGCAGGUUCCUAAAGGGAGGUUCGAACUCCCUGUGAAACCACUCGCGCAGCCCCUAGAGAAGCAAAAACGCCUUAUCGGCAUCCCCGACGACAAAGUCAAGCACGGCCACUACGACCUCACGCAAUCGCACCUCGACCCUCCGCCCCCGCUCAGGGUCGCUCCGCCCAUCCCCGCAAACACGCUCGUCCUCGGCCAGAUCCCCAAGAAGUUCCGCACUCAGAAUUUUGUCAGGGGCUGGGCGAAGCGCUUCGGGAAUGCGCUGCGCAUCUCUGUUGACGCGAGGGCGGGCAAGGCGCUCGUCGAAUGGGGCACUCCCGCGCUAGCCGAGGCAGCGUUCACGAGCAUGCGUCUUCGUGGGGAGGGGAAGGAGCACAUCAGGGCGUAUCGGUACAUCGGGACGAAGAAGGACCUAAUGGCUGCGAACGUUAGGGGCAAGGAGAGGGACAGGGAGAUUGAAGAUGGUGAGAUCGAGGAGGGCGAGGUCAUAGAGACCAUGGUGGCGGCGACGGCGAUGGCGAUGGCGGAGAAGAAGAAAAAGAAGAAUAAGGGGAAGAACAAGGUGCAGCUCGAGCAACGGCUCACUGAACCCACUACGCCUGCUCGUGCCCCAGUGCCCGUCUCCGCGCCCCCUCCGCCUCCUGAAGCACUCCCGCCAACUCAGACUCAUGAGCCCCCACCUCAUCAUCCGCCAGCUCCCUCUUCAGUCUCGUCUCAUAUGGCUGGCCCGGACAUCGAAGCUAUCAUGGCCUUCACCACUGCUCUUCGCCCGGCCCUCGAGCGGCUCUCCACCAAUCCUCCUGCUCCGGCCGCCUUAACGGAGGUGGAGGAGGAGAUGGAGCUCGACUCAGACGACGAGGGUAGGAGGGCAUCUCCUGAGCUUAUCGUCUCCGCGGCGUCUGCAGCGGACGAUCGUCAAGAGGACGUCGCGUCAGUAGAGGUUGGGAACGAAGCGGACGCAGAGGAGGAUAUGGAUAUGGGUGAAGAGGACGUAGAGGAGGACGGGGACGUGAACAUGGAUAUGGAGAUGUCGAGCCCUGUCAAAGAGCCGCCUGCGCUGCCCGUGUCAGCAACGACACGGUCAUCGCCUCCACGACCAUCCCCGAAUACUGAGGAGGUUCCAGCGCCCAUACAUCCUCCUGCGCCUUCUCCAUCUACAUUUACGCCCACUUCGCCUUCGCCCGCUCCUCCUACACCUGCAUCAGCACCUGCUGUGGAAGACGAGGCUGUCCGAGCUGCACAAGUGGCACGAGGAAGUCGCCGCAAGCUCGAGAAGGAUCUCGCGCAGGCCAAGGCGGAGCUCACCCUACGCGAGCAUGCUCUGAGCUCGCGCCCUUCCCUGGUGUCGAGCAGCGGCAGCUCCGAGUCCCCGGAGCCUUCGACCCCCGUCGACCCGCCGCACGUUAGUGGGGUCGAGGUGACGAUCGCGUCGGCCUCGGGAAGUGAUUCUGAUCUGAGCUUGGGUUCGGGCGCGGCUGACGUCGUGGUGAAGACAGAGUCAGCCGCUGUUUCGCUAGACGAACUAGCAGCGUCGUUCAUUGCGGAAUCCAUCCAGAACGUUUCUGCUCUGUCAUCAGCAUCUACAGCGGCACCACAUCCGUCAGCAGCGUCGUCCACCACAAUGCUCGCGUCCGUUCAACUUCCUUCGCGUAUCCCUCUGUCUCGGCGGAACGCUAUCCCAAUUGUGGCCCCAGUGCCCAUCCCGAAGCCGGCUACCAAGCAGAUGCCUGCGACGUCUUCCCUUGUACCCCUCACGGAGGCCCAAAAGGAAGCCAAGCAAUCGCAGUACUACAGGCUUGUUGCGCAUUCCUCUGACCUCAUGAAACAAAUUAUGAAGACGAAGGAUCAGUCAGAGAAGAGCAGUCUUAUGAAACGGCUGAGGGUUACCACCAAUGCCGCAGAAGAAUUGAAGCGCGAGUUCACCUCGGGCUUCGCAGCGCCCGAAUCAAUAUCGACGUCGGUGAUGUCGAGCAUGCCAACGACAUCCUCCGUCACUCCUACCCCAGUGCCGCACUCGCAAACGCCGUCGACCACUCCAACACCCAUUGCUACCCCUAUGCCAAUCCCUAACCCCGCUUCUCUCGUACCACAAAAGCGGCGGUCGCCUCCGCUUGGAUCCUCUGCUGUAGCGCCGUUCCGGUGGCCCGAGACCGCGCGCGAGAUGGUUAUCUUCGUCAGCGACGACGAGACCGACUAA